AUGAAAAUAGGUUUUGCUUUGCUAGAGACUGGAUCUGUCAGAUAAAAAAAUACUUCUAACAUUUUGCUUAAAAACUGCGUUGAUUUUUUUGUGGGUGUGGUAGUAUUUUAUGCAGCAGGAUAUGGUUUAAUGCAUGAGUAAAAGGGUGGCUUUCUUGGAUAAGGCAAAUUUAUUGGUAUAAAUUUUAGGAAUAAAGAUUAUAUGGAGUUUCUCUUUGACUACUCAUUCUGCUCCACAAGCACAACAAUUGUAAGUGGAUCUAUGGCAGAACGUAUUUAUGUUGAUGCCUACAUUGUGUUUUCAAUCAUUAUGACUGGGUUCAUCUAUCCCAUUUGUGCAGGAUGGGCUUGGGGAGGUGGAUGGCUGCAGCAACUUGGAUAUCAUGAUUAUUCUGGAAGUGGCAUAGUACACUUAGUAGGAGGAGUGGCAGGCUUAUGUGGUACAUUUUUAGUUGGGCCUAGAAUAGGUAUAUUUGAUAAAAAACUAGACAUAAAAAAGUUAGAUGAUAUUUCUGAAGAUCUCAAAGACAAAAAUAAUGUAAAACAGGAUAACCCCCAAAAUAUUAUCGAAUAUCGGCAGGUUGAUUUUCAGAAAAAGCAUAAAAUAACUUUUAUUUAAUCAAGAGAUCUUCCAAUAAGUAAGAGGAUAUAGAUUUUUAAGAGUGAAUACGAAGAAUUUAAGGGCCUAGAUGAUAAAAAUGUUGAGCAUUUUAUAAAGCUAUACGAUUAAAACUUUGAGAAAAAAUUCCAAUACUAUUCAAUGUCCUUUAUAGUGAGUGGAGGAUAUCUACUGUGGGUAUGCUGGCUAUUCUUCAAUGGAGUUGCUGGAAAGUCAGUAAACUCACAAUCAAACAACAACAUCAUAUAAAAGACAAUUAUGAACACCAUACUUUCUGGAUCUAUGAGUUCAUUAGUUGUGUUUCUACUUCAACCUUACUUUAUGAAAAACGUUGAGAAGAUUUACAAUUACAAUCCGGUAAAUAUAGUCAAUGGUCUUCUUGGGGGACUCAUUUCUAUUACUGCUUCUUGCAAUAAUGUUGAGAACUAUGGAGCACUAUUGAUUGGAAUGAUUGGUGGAUUUGUUUAUAUAGCUGCAAGCUAUAUUUGGAAUAGAUUAUAAAUAGAUGAUCCUCUCCAUGCUUCAUAACUUCAUGGGUUUUGUGGGCUCUGGGGAGUUUUAGCUGUUGGAAUAUUUGAUAUGAAUAAAGGAUUAAUCUACACAAUGAAUCUCGAGUAGUUAGGGAUAUAAUUUCUAGGUGCAGCAAGUCUAAUAGGAUGGACUGUCCUAUUAACAUUUCCUUAUUUCUAUAUUUUGAAAAGGUUAAAACGACUCAGAGUCAAUGCCAUCUAUGAGAUUAUAGGACUUGAUGCAUUAAUGCAUGAGGAUAUUGACAAGUUUGACUAUAUUUCGGAUAAAUCAAUGAAGAUAAUAGAUCAUUAAAUAUAACGUAAAAGUGAUUCUAGCAAGUAACGAAGCGCUAAUGCUACAGCACUUCAACAUUAUAAUAGCAUAGCAUCUUCGAAUUCUACUCUUAGAUUCGAGGCUAAACAAAGGUAAAAUGUAAAUAUGGAGAGCUUUUGA